GCCGCGCUCCCCGCGCUCCCCGCGCCCGCCCGGCGAGGCCCGCGCCCCGCUGCUCCCUCCGCGAUGGCCGCGGCUGAGCGGGGCUGAGCCACGCCGCCCGCAGCGCCCCGGGCCCGCCAUGGCGAAGCAGUACGACGUGCUGUUCCGGCUGCUGCUGAUCGGGGACUCCGGGGUGGGCAAGACCUGCCUGCUGUGCCGCUUCACCGACAACGAGUUCCACUCCUCGCACAUCUCCACCAUCGGUGUUGACUUUAAAAUGAAGACCAUAGAGGUAGAUGGCAUCAAAGUACGGAUACAGAUUUGGGACACAGCGGGCCAGGAGAGAUACCAGACCAUCACAAAGCAGUACUACCGACGGGCCCAGGGAAUAUUUUUAGUCUACGACAUCAGCAGUGAGCGUUCUUACCAACACAUCAUGAAGUGGGUCAGUGAUGUGGAUGAGUACGCACCAGAAGGCGUCCAGAAGAUCCUCAUAGGGAACAAAGCCGAUGAGGAGCAGAAACGGCAGGUGGGGAGAGAGCAAGGGCAGCAGCUGGCCAGGGAAUACGGCAUGGACUUCUAUGAAACAAGUGCCUGCACCAACGUCAACAUCAAAGAGUCGUUCACACGUCUGACGGAGCUGGUGCUGCAGGCCCACAGGAAGGAGCUGGAUGGUCUCCGCACGCGUGCCAGCAACGAACUGGCCUUGGCAGAGCUGGAGGAGGAGGAAGGCAAACCUGAAGGCUCUGUGAACUCUUCGAAAACCUGCUGGUGCUGAGGGACCUACGUGGGGCACCCCACACAAACCCCUUCCCUUGGGAGGCCUCUGGGGAGAUGAGAGCCUGGCUUGGCCCACCGCUCCCCUCUCCUUUGAUGACCUGUUGAAUCAGUAGCUGCUACGUGCCCCUGCCUGGCCGAGAGCAACUCUGCUGUCAUUUCCGAACAGCCUUGGUCCCUGGCCCCCCUACCCCGCAGUGCUUUCCUUCAGCCUGCUAUGACCCUCACACCCCAAGCUCCUUGGACGGUGGCUGAGACUGAGUGGGGCCGGUUAAAGGCGCCUGCUGUCUCAGUGCAUCUGGCCUCCUCCGCUUUCUCUCCUGCCCCUCUCCCCAUCGCCUUCCUCCAGUGCUCUGUAUUGAGGCCCUUCCUAUGCACUGCCUGUGUCUUGCUGUGCAGCUGCCGAAGCAACUCCUUCCUUCCAACCCCAAUCAAGGGAACAGACCCAGGCUCAUGGGGACUCAGCUCUUGGCCCAGGGAGGACCCCACCCUGCUCGGGUAGGCCAAGGCUGAGGGUGCUUCCUCCUCCUCCCCUGCCCACUGCCCCUUGCUGUGCCAUGCACCUGCCUCCCCGAGGACCUUGGAGGUAGGAAGGAAAUGCUGUGGGGGUCCUCAGGCCUACGGCUCUCCUGCCUUUGCCUGUUCCCCGAGCCUGGGCUCUGGCCCUGCUGAGCUGCCCCAUCUCUGGGGAACUGAGCUCAGAGGCUGCUUCAGAGGAGAGGAGAAAAUGAUGAGGGUGGCAGGGAUAAAACGUCACCUCCAUGCGCUACCUCUCACGCAGCACGUACACAACUUCUCUCCACCUGGGCUCCUGAAUGUCAGACAGGGCAAGGAGAGCCUUGGGGCCGGUGACAUGGUCAGGCCAACCUCACACUCUAGAAAGGGGAGGGCUUGAAAGUGAAUGCCUAACUCUUAGAUGCCAGAAUGAGAGAAAACAGUCCAGGGGCAGCCAGUCACAAAGUAGAGGGGACAGGCAGCAGCAGGGCCUCCCGGGCCCCUCUUCCUUGCUGCUAUAGGAACUUUUCCUCAGACCUCUGGCAGAAGUGAGAAUGGCGUAACCACAUCACUCUUUUACUGAACCCAGUCUUUGGCAACCAAGGCUUUCCUGGGCCCACACCGGUGGGGGAAGCAGCGGCUCCGCAGGAAGAGAGAAAGGCACCUGGUGCUGCCCUCGCCGCCUUCCAGACGAAGUGCUUAUUGGGCCCUCCUGCUCCUCUGCCGGCUUGAGGGUCUGUCAACUGCACUGUGGCUGCCAGGCAGGGCAGAGGACCCUUCCUCCUAACUUUAUGUUCAGGAAGGUUCUUUUACCCCUGUAGCCCAAGGGAGCUUGCAGGCCUCUGUCAGUUGUCGUGACAACUGUCAGCCCUGCUUGGGCUCCUGCUCCUUUCCAAGGUGGAGAAGCCCAGGGAAGAGGGUCAUUCCUCAGCUGCACCGCAUGGCUGGGGCUGGAGUCAAAAGGAGGAACCAGGCACUGAGCAUUCCCCAGCCAAGACCUGGAUCAGGAGCCACUUCCUUAUUCCUCCAAAGAAGGAAGUAAAGACACAAUCACAAUCCUCCCGGCUCUUACCAAACCUGGGAAGAGUCAGCGGGAGAGGGUGGCUCAGGGUUUAGUGGGAGGGAAAAAGAGAACAGGAAUAGAAUAGAAAUAAGUUACUGGCAAAUGAGAAUCUUAGAGCUGAUGCAUUAGGAUGAAGCCAUGACUGGCUUGGGCUGCUUCCGUGAGGGUUGGCUCAUGCAGCCCUGUGCUGGAGGGAGCAGGGAGGGGAUGGCAGGCCUCAGGCUGCCCUCAGCCAGGAGCCGAGGAAGGAGAAGUUACAUCAGGCACUGCUCCCACCUGGGGGCCAGUGUCUCCGCUUUCUCUGGAGAUCAGACAGCACCACUGUCUUUCUCCCCUAGCCCUCAGGAAAGAAGGAUUAUAUAUAUAUAUUUUUUGUACCCUAAUGGUCUGGGAGGGAAACCAUGGACCAGUGAGCCCUCACUGUGAGGGCCAUGGCUGGGAACAGGUAUGGAAGCAAAAGAGGGCUGGGAUUUUAGGGUGCAGCUGCACUCACCAGAACCAGUGUUGGCCUCUCACCCCUGCAUUCCAGUCCAGGAGCCGGCUGGGCUGUGUCAUUUGGCCGAGACUGCUGAGCAGGCUUUCCUGGCCUGUCUUGGUACCACCUCUGCCCCUGUGUCUUGAGACUCAGCCCAACUCCUGGAUACGACCUGCUCCUGAGCCCCACCAUCUUCCUGUGACAGGUGAACUUUGUGUACUGUGUCUCGGGUCCAUUAUAUGAAUCGUGAGCAGGGUUCAUCUAUUUUAAACACAGAUGUUUACAGAAUAAAGAAUACUUCAAACCACAA